CGGAGCUGGUUCGCGACGCGGCUCCGGCAUUGCCGGUUUGAACCCAAUGCAAAUGCAGAGCGUUCAGACAUUGGCCGGUCCGACGGUGGUUGGCUCGCAGCGCGGCAGGAGUAACUCAUUGCGGAUCGAUAAUGAUAUUCUGUUGCGUCGCUCGUCGUCGCUGCGGCAGGGCUUGCCCAGCGUUGGCGUCAGCCAUGGUCGUCGCAAGUCCUCGCUGGAGGAGAUCGGCAUCAGUCACUUUACCACUUUGAUGCAGGCCACCAAUCACAGCAAUCCCAUCAAGAUAUCGCUCAAUGGCAGCAUUGGCAUGGAGAAUCAAAUCUCGUUGCAAGUGACGCCGCCCGAGGAGCCAACGCCCAUGUUGGGCGUGCCGUGUGUUUUGGGCGGCGGUGGCGUGGGCGGCAUUAAUCCAUCGGCACUUGGCGGCAGCGCUGGCGGCGGCGGCGGCGGCGGUAGCAGCAGCGGCAUGCUGGGCGCCAGCUCCUCGCUGGCCAUAAAUACCGCAGAUCUGGGUCCUGGACCGAGCACCUCGUCGGGCGCCUCGCUGCAGGCGCAGGACUCGCUGCCGCAGUCGUCACAGGGGCCGUCGCCGCAGCACUUGCAGGGCACGAUUGUAUGA